ACUGAGUUUACUGCAGGUACAGGAUCAAAUCAGGAUCAAACCAGGACUAAAGCAGGACUAAAGCAGGACUAAACCGGGUCUACAGCAGAACUAAACCAGGACUAAACCCCAGGACUAAAGCAGGAUCAUGGUCGGACCCGGCGCUCUGUGGGGGGCUCUGUGUCUCCUCCUCUUCUUCACAGGAGCCCGAGGACAACCCGGAGUUUGUGGUCUUGCUCCUCUGAACUCAAAGACGAAGAUCGUUGGUGGAGAAGAUGCAUCUGCAGGAUCAUGGCCCUGGCAGGCGUCACUGACCAAGUUCGGGUCUCACUUCUGUGGAGGUUCUCUCAUAAACGAUCAGUGGGUCCUGACGGCGGCGCACUGCUUCUCCAGCACCAGCACGUCGGGUCUGACCGUGUACCUGGGCCGGGACACGCAGCAGCUCUCCAACCUGAACGAGGUGUCGCGCUCCGUGUCCGACAUCAUCAGACACCCGAGCUACGACGAUCAGACCAGCGACAACGACAUGUGCCUCCUGAGACUCUCGCGCGCCGUCUCCUUCACCAACUACAUCCGGCCCGUGUGCCUCGCCGCCGCCGGGAACGCGCCCGCCGCCGGGACCGACGUCUGGGUCACCGGCUGGGGAACCGUCAACUCCGGACAGGAGCUUCCGUUCCCUCAGCGUCUUCAGGAGGUCUCAGUUCCCGUCGUGUCUCAGUCGACGUGUGACGCAAACUACAACGGCCAGGACAUCACCAGUAACAUGCUGUGUGCAGGACGAGCGGGGAAGGACUCCUGUCAGGGAGACUCCGGCGGUCCGUUGGUGUUGAAGAUAAACGGCUCGUGGGUGCAGAUGGGCGUGGUCAGUUUCGGGAUCGGCUGCGGUUUGGCGCAGUAUCCCGGCGUUUACGCCCGAGUGUCGCGGUACCAGACGUGGAUCCGCGGCCACACCAGCUCCAACCNGACUGAAGGAUGUAAAUGUAAAAGUGUUGGGGUGUUGUUUGUGGGAGGGCAUCUGACUGUUUGUGGCCUCAGCACCAGCACGUCGGGUCUGACCGUGUACCUGGGCCGGGACACGCAGCAGCUCUCCAACCUGAACGAGGUGUCGCGCUCCGUGUCCGACAUCAUCAGACACCCGAGCUACGACGAUCAGACCAGCGACAACGACAUGUGCCUCCUGAGACUCUCGCGCGCCGUCUCCUUCACCAACUACAUCCGGCCCGUGUGCCUCGCCGCCGCCGGGAACGCGCCCGCCGCCGGGACCGACGUCUGGGUCACCGGCUGGGGAACCGUCAACUCCGGACAGGAGCUUCCGUUCCCUCAGCGUCUUCAGGAGGUCUCAGUUCCCGUCGUGUCUCAGUCGACGUGUGACGCAAACUACAACGGCCAGGACAUCACCAGUAACAUGCUGUGUGCAGGACGAGCGGGGAAGGACUCCUGUCAGGGAGACUCCGGCGGUCCGUUGGUGUUGAAGAUAAACGGCUCGUGGGUGCAGAUGGGCGUGGUCAGUUUCGGGAUCGGCUGCGGUUUGGCGCAGUAUCCCGGCGUUUACGCCCGAGUGUCGCGGUACCAGACGUGGAUCCGCGGCCACACCAGCUCCAACCCGCCCGGCUUCCUCGACUCCAACGGCAACGUGUCCGACGCAGGGGCGCACCUGUCCACGCACCUGUCCCUCUCCCUGCUCCUGAUGGCCCCUGCCGCUCUGCUCUACAUGCACCUGCUGCCAUAACGACGCA